GGAUAUUAUAUGGUUGCAUUUGAUCCACCCUCAUCAUCACAAAGACACCAUAUUCUUCACUUCUCUUUUGCUAAAGAAAAUUUUCCAAACCCUUCCAGUUAGUAUGGAGAACAUUAUUCUUCGUCCUAUUGUAGAUGCCACUGUGUCCAAGGUGACUGCUCUUGCUUCAGAGCAGCUCAAUUUGGCCUUGGGAUGGAGACAAGACCUGGAGAGGUUUUGCAACACAAUGAAUAUGCUGGGAGGUGUGUUGCAGGACGCUGAUGAGAGGCAUGUUGCCGGCAACACUAACCUGAAAGAUUGGCUUGAGAGGCUUCGAGAUGUUGCUGAUGAGGCUGAUGAUGUGUUCGAGGAGAUCCGUUACGAAAAUCUGCGGCAUCAGGUAGCAGAACUGAAGCCCAAGUGGAAAAAGGUCAGCUACUUCUUUACUCUGUCUAAUCCUCUGGUAUUUCGCAUGAGGAUGGCUAAUAGAGUUAAGAAGUUAAAUACAGAUCUUGAUGAUAUCAAUAAACGGGCCAAACGGUUGGGGGUGCAAGAAAGACUUGCCCAUACUAGUGCUCCUGAACCUAGAGUAAACCAACAGACUCACUCUUUUCUAGCCCAAGAAGUUGUUGGAAGAGAUGAAGAUGUUGAUCAAAUAGUUAGCCUGUUAACUGACUCUAGUAAUCAGGAGGCCAUCUCUGUCAUUUCUGUAGUGGGUAUGGCAGGCCUUGGCAAAACUACUUUAGCCAAAAAGGUGUGUGCAGAUGAUAAAAUACGUGAAUAUUUUAGAGAAAAAAUUAUGUGGGUAUGUGUGUCUGAAAUUUUUGAUGUUGAAAGAAUUUUAUGGGAAAUGUUGGAGUCUCUUACUGGUAGUCCUUGUACAAAUAAAAACAGAGAUACUCUGCUUCGGAAAAUAGGAGAAGAGUUGGAGAGAAAAGAGGAAAAAAAAGAGGGGAAAGAAGAAGAAAAGAAAGAGGGGAAAAACUAUCUUCUCAUACUAGAUGAUGUGUGGAGUGAGGAGAGUGGGAACUGGGAAGAGUUAAGGAGUUGUUUGUUGGGAUUAUGUAGAAAGGCUGGAAAUAGAGUAGUUGUGACAACUCGAAAUAGAAAUGUCGCAUCAAUAAUGGGUUCCAAAUACAUACAUGAUCUUAAGCAGCUAGAAGUUGAUCAAUGUUGGUUUAUAAUCAGGCAGAGAGCAUUAGGAGAUGAUGCCGUGCCUCUAAAAUUGGAAGAAAUUGGAUUUGGUAUUGCUGAAAAAUGUGGAGGUGUUCCAUUAGUUGCAAAUGUUAUAGGCGGCACUUUGUACAAUAGAAGGGAUGAAACUGAGUGGCUGUCAGUUAAAAAGAAGAUUAAUGUAUGGGGUUCACUUGAAGAUCAACAUCGCAGGAUCAUGGAUGUCUUGCAAUUGAGUUUUGAACGGUUGCCAAAACCAGCUUUGAAGCAAUGUUUUGCAUUUUGUUCUAUUUUCCCCAAGGAUUUUGCCAUUGUGAAGGAGAAGCUAAUUCAAUUAUGGAUGGCCGAAGGCUUUCUCCAAUCUUCUAAAGAAAGUUCCAUGGAGGAAAUGGGUGACAAGUAUUUCAAUUGCUUGUCAUCAUAUUCCCUUUUUCAAGAGGAAGCAAGGGAUUCUUUCCACAAUGUUAAAUCUUGCAAAAUUCAUGAUCUAAUUCAUGAUUUUGCACAGUCCAUUUAUUCUGAUACCAUGAUUAUUGAGGAGUCGUCUUCCAACAAUAUGCCUCACCAAGCUCGGCACUUGAAUCUCAAAUUUGGCAAAGAAAAGGUGCAAAUAAAGUUAGAAGAUGUUGCCAAAAAGUUACAGACUUUGUUUUCAGAGCAAGGUUUUCCCACUAGUUUGCAGGGAAACUUUAAAAGGUUACGAGCUCUCAGUGUUAGUGGUGCUGAUGAUGGUGAACCAUUACCAUCAUGUUUUGGAAACCUGAAAAGUUUGAGAUACUUGGACAUUUCAGGAACUCCAAUAAGACAAUUGCCCAAGUUCAUCACCAAGAUAAUCAAUUUCUUUAUAAAUUCACUUAUGACUUAUCAAUUCGAACCAGAUCUGUUGAUUUCAACUGCUUCCACUACAAAGCCCUUUGACUUGGGAGAUCUCACAAUUGAGGCACCUGGUGAGCUUUCUGGUAUGCUUUCUAAGUAUAUCUUCUUAUGAGCCUCAUUAAGGAUUAUAGCAUUCACUGCGAUAUUCUAUCAUGGCAUUAAUUUAAGCUGGCAAGCUCUUAUGUUGAAAGUAAUUGGCUGGCCUCGAAAAUUCAGAUCAUACAGCGAAUUAUUGGGGUUUCUCAAUCUUUCCUUCUGCAUCGAGAACAGUUCAAAUAACUCAUCUGCCCACUUAGGAGGCGAUGUGACUCGAGGAACAAGUUCAAGUUGGAGUUUUGUGAAGUUGUUCUGUAUGGCAUCAGCUUUACUGGUCGUCAUCAAAUAAGCACAACAAUAGCAGGAAGAAGGGUAGAAAGCAUCUCUAAUACAGUGAAAUAUAAUUCUGGACUGGAUGGUGACAACUAGAGUGCUUUUGCCAAAACUGACUUCACAAUGCAGGAGAAUGGGUGUUGAAGAGAGUAUAUGAACCCUCUGUGCCCAAGCGUUGACACUUCUGUGUUAAGGCCCAGCCCACCAGUUGAGUUGUUGGUUCCAAACACUCCCAAUGUACCUAUGUAACUCGUGGUUUUAAGUAGCUAGAACCUAGGGGUCAAAGAGGUUGAGCGAUGCUCCGUCCUGAGAGACUAGGGUUUUGGUGAUAUGGGUCUAGAUGAUUGUAAUCCUCCGUUGCUACUUGAAGAUGACUGCGUACUUUUAUUUAUUUAUUUUUUAACAAACUAGAAAAAAGAUGACUGUACUGUUGUUAUUAUUAUAGUGGAUAUUUUGAUCAAGGCAAA